GGAAAGCUUCUUGCAACCAAACAACAGGAAAAAAGGACCACCUGGAAGAUACUCCCUGGUUGUGGAAGUCCAAAAUUUCCAUUGCAACAAAAAGGAAACUGGAGGGAAGGAGGCUCAUUUGGAGCAGUCCCCACAAGAGAAGGACGAGAGCAGCCGGCACCAAUAAAAGCCAGAGAGGGCCCAGGACAGCCCGCAGUCGGAGUCCAGCUGGCACCAUGGGCAGCAAGCGAGCGGGUCUCUUCCUGCUCUGCCUGAUGGCCGCAAACUGCGGAGGGGCCGAGAAGGCUACCUGCCCAGAAGCCCAGGUGUUGGAGCUGAAUGGAAAUGACAAGAUGACCAUCCUGAGGGGAUGUCCAGGCUCCCCUGGCUCUCCAGGCCCCCAGGGACCUCCUGGCUUUCCCGGGGCCAAAGGUGAAAGGGGCUUGCAGGGAAUCCCUGGGGAAGUUGGACCCCCUGGGCCGAAAGGAGAAAAAGGGGAGGCAGGAAAACGCGGAGAGAAAGGGAAAAAAGGCGACAAAGGAGAAAUUGAUGGGGAGGGGCUGGAUGCUCUCCAGUGCAAGCGAGGUGCCCGAAACUGCAAGGAGCUCCUGGCCCAGGGGGUGGUCCUGAGCGGCUGGCACACCAUCUACCCCCAGGACUGCCGGCCCCUGCGGGUGCUGUGCGACAUGCACACCGACGGAGGCGGAUGGAUCGUCUUCCAAAGGAGGUCGGAUGGCUCCGUGGAUUUUUUCCGGAACUGGGAUGACUACAAGAAGGGAUUUGGAAGCGAGCUGAGCGAAUUCUGGCUGGGGAACGACCACCUUCACCUCUUGACCUCCCUGGGAGAGAACGAGUUGCGUGUUGACUUCAUGGAUUUUGAAAAUAAACAUUCCUUCGCCAAAUUCGGAUCCUUUCAGGUGGCAGCGGAAUCCGAUCAGUAUCGGCUGACUGUGGGCAACUUCACGGGGGGCUCCGCAGGCGACUCUCUAACGAGGCACCACAACAUGCCCUUCUCCACCCGAGACAAGCAGCAGGACCCCCAAAACCAUAAAUGCGCCCAAACAUACAAAGGGGCCUGGUGGUACAAUGACUGCCAUGACUCCAACCUCAACGGGAAAUACUGGCUGGGAGAACACCAAUCCUUUGCAGAUGGCAUCAACUGGAGAACGGGGAAAGGCUACAACUAUUCAUACAAGCGCACCGAAAUGAAAUUCAGGCCUGUGGCUUAUGGGGCUCCCUCAGCUGACGGGGGUUUCUUCUGAGGGCUCCCAAAGGGCAUCUAAUCCAUCCCCUCUGCUUUUGAUUUGCUACCUUGCUGGAGAGCCUGCAUUAUGCAACAUUUACAAGAUGAAGUGAUCUACUCCCAAGUGACUUUGCAGGGUCGGGGGUGGGGGUGGGGGGCUUUUCCACCUCUCCCUCUUCACCUGCACAGCAGUUAGGAAGCCAAUAAAUGUAAAAUAAAUAAGAUUAGUAAAUAAAAAUGUGAUCUGCAAUG